AGGCGGAGCCGGGCCGGGCCGGGCGGGCGCACAAAGGCGGGGCCGUUCCGUUCCGUUCCGUUCCGUUCGGGUCCGUGCCGAACCGGGCUGGGCCGGGCCGGGCGGGGGUCUCAGGAUGCCGCUGUCGGCGCUGCGGGGCUGGGCGCUGGCUGUGCUGGCGGCCCUGGCCCCGGCGGAGCGCAGCCGGCCGUACGCCGUGCUGCAGAAGCAGAACCUGGUGCUGCUGGGCAGCAUCCUCAGCGCGCUGCUGCUCACCAUCGUCCUCGUGGCCGUCUGCGUCUACAAGCCCGUCCGCAGGCGGUAGCGGCCCCGGCGUCGUGUGCGCGGCCCCACCCGGCUCCGGGAUUCACGCCCUUGGCUUCAGCACAACCAGUGGAACCGGUGGUGGAGCGCCCGCGUCUCCAGAUGGUGUCCGGCGAGGGAUGGGAGCCCCGUGCCCGCUGCGAUCGCUGCCCAGGAGGGCACCGCUUGGCAUCGCCGCCCGGCCAUCAGCUCACACUGCAUCAGGUUUUUUUUUGUCCGGUGUGAACUCGGCUCCUUGCUCGAAGGCCGCACUGGAAGCGCCUCGGUGCCGCCUUCCAGAAGGCUCGAGGACCAAAGCCCAGCGAGCGCCGGUGGCUGCGUGGGUCAGGAGCGCGCUCACCUCCGGGCAGCAGCACUGAGACGCGAGCAGAGGCUGGCCUGGAUGAUCGCACCAGGCCUGUCCUAGCCACCAGCAGCUCUGCAGCAGCCUGGGUGAACCCGUGGCUCCCCAGCCCUCGCCCCCCGUGGGAGAUGCACUCCUGGGUGGGUGUUGGCUGGCGGUCGGGGAGCCCCUGGUGUCCGCAGCAAGCGGAGCCGGAGCACGAGGCUGCUGGGCUCCAGCUCUCUGGAAGCGCUUCGUGCUUAGGCUGCACGGAUCCGUUCUAUGCAUUUCUGGCAACAAAUUCAAGUGUUUACACUGAAAUCACACUUGCAUAUGGAUGCUGCUAUUUUGUUUUGCACUGCUGUGAGUAGUAACUGGAUUUUGCUUAUGAAGUAUUACUUUGAUAUUUAACAUAGGGGGUUUGGGCUAGUAAUUUAUUUCAGUAUUUUAAAACUUUACUUCCAGAGCAAAUGUGUUGACCAACUCUCUAAAACCUUGUGCUGCAUCUGAUGUUUUCUGCUGUUAGUCUCAAAGGACACUGGCUCCUCUUGGAACCGGGGAUUUUCUUUGCUGCUGCUGUUACGUUACUAAAUGAGGCCAGCCUAGGACAGAUCUCGUUUCUAAUCCAAGUGAAACACGAGUGAGGGAGCAAGCUAACUGUAAUAUUUCUUUCUGACCUUUUGCUUUCAUGGUUGCAGAAUCCUAUAUCACUGUUGUUUUUCCCCUCAGUCCUUCAGUUGUUGUAGAGCUUUGCCUAUAGUCAUGUGCUGUUCACGGGUGGAGAAUGGUGUAGCUCGUAGCUACAGCUCCGCGUUCCCUAGAGCAGUGUUCCUGUUUGCAUUCAUUCUUCGCUCCCUGCUAUGUCUCUCUGUACAAAUAAAAAGCUAAGUAAACAA